CAGAGUGGGCGUUUCUUCCAAUGCUAUCAGCAUCGAUUGAUGAACAUUCUCCCAGGAAUGGGUCUGGUCACCUUCUAAAUCAGGUACUUUGCUUAAUCGAGUUGAUCUUUAGCUGCCCUAGUCAGUUAGUCCAGUCAGGCAACCUGCCAGUCAGUGAUGAUACUCAUUUGAUACCUCGUCUUUCUUUUCCUGCCUCCAAUUCGUGUGCGAUAUAGCUCUAGACCUACACUCCAACUCACUUCCCUGUCUUUUUUUGUCUUGUGUUUUGGUGUACGUGCAUAGUAGGCAUACAACAUCACGACAUCACAAUAUCGCAACCACCACACCACCACAACACCUGAAGCCACACGCCACACAACCGCCCACAAUGCCCAACCGUCUCGCAAUAAGCACAAUGUCCCUCGGGCGGUGCUAUGCCGGCCACUCCAUAGAGCACCGGCUCGACCUGGCGCAAAAUUACGGCUACGAGGGCAUCGAGAUGUUCUUUGAAGACCUCGCGCACGUGGCCGACGAGCUGCGCCAACAACCCAACCCAGCCUCCCCCUCCACGCCACACACGGUCGAGUCCAGCCAGCUCGCCGCCGCCACCCACAUCGGCGAGCUCUGCCGCGCCCGCAACCUCGCCAUAAUCUCCCUGCAGCCCUUUCUAAACUACGACGGCCUGCUCGACCGGGAACAGCACGCGCGCCGCAUCCCCGAGCUGCGGCACUGGAUCUCCCUCGCCCACGCCCUGGGCACCGACCUGAUCCAGAUCCCCUCCAGCAUGCUCCCCGCGUCGCAGACCACCACCGACAUGGACGCCAUCGUCGCGGACCUGCGCGAGGCCGCGGACCUCGGCCUGGCCGCGUCGCCGCCCGUGCGCUUCGCCUACGAGAGCAUCGCGUGGUCGUCGACCUCGGACCUGUGGGAGCAGUCGUGGGAGGCGGUGCGGCGCGCGGACCGGCCCAACCUGGGCGUGUGCCUCGACACCUUCCACAUCGCCGCGCGGCUGUUUGCGGACCCCACGCGCGCCGACGGCACCGUGCCGGGCUGCCAGGCGGCGUUCGACGCGUCGGUGGCGCGCCUGGCCGAGGCCAUCCGCCGCGACCCCCAGCGCGUCUUUUGGGUGCAGGUGGCCGACGGCGAGCGCCUGUCCAGCCCGCUCCUCCCGGGCCACGAGUUCUACGCCGAGGGCCAGCCCCCGCGCAUGAGCUGGAGCCGCAACUGCAGGCUGUUCUACGGCGAGGAGGCCCGCGGCGCCUACCUGCCCGUCAAGCCCAUCGCGCACGCCAUCUUCAAGGCCGCCGGCUGGGAGGGCUGGGUCUCGCUGGAGCUGUUCCACAGGAGGAUGGCCGACGAGGGGAGUGACGUGGCUGAGGAGCUGGCUGCGAGGGGCGCGGCUUCGUGGCAGAAGCUGGUGACCGAUUUGCAGAUGAGCGUCGAGAGGGUUCCGGACAGGGCGGCUACUGCGUCUUUGUAG